CUUAAACAAGCAACGAGCAACACAAGAAACCUAUAAUACUCCUACGUUUUUCGUCAAACAUAAACGUGUGAAUAUUAAGUAAAAAAAAAACAAAUAUAAACCAUAAAAUAGGCAAAAAUAUAUUGAGAUAAAUUUAAAACUACAAUGGGCUACGAUAGUUACGAUGGAUCUUCAGUUGCUGCUCAGGGCCAAGCUGAGGCAAUCUAUGGCGUCAAUGGCAACAUGGCGGAGCAGCAAAUGGCCGCCACUGCUGCCGUGGAGUUGCAGCCAUCGUUGAAUCGUGUGCUGAGCUCCAUUGACUAUGAUCUAAACUUCAAGCAUCCGCUUGAGCAUACGUGGACGCUCUGGCACUGGGAGAACGAUCGCAACAAGGCCUGGAGCGAAAUGCUCAGCGAUGUGACCAGCUUCAAUACGGUUGAGGAUUUCUUCAGCGUGUACUACUUCAUAAAGCCGCCAUCGAAUCUCAAGGUGUUCAACGACUAUAUGGUUUUCAAGCAGGGCAUACGUCCUAUGUGGGAAGAUGACAUCAAUAAAGAGGGCGGCCGCUGGGUCAUGUUUCUGGACAAGGAACACAAAGAGUUUGUAGACAAGCUGUGGCAUGAUUUGCUCUUGUGCACAAUUGGCGAGUGCUUUGAGUACUCCGAUCAGAUCUGUGGCGUGGUCAUCAAUGUGCGCAACAAGGCCAGCAAGAUAUCGCUGUGGACCAAGGAUGCCAACAAUGAGGAGGCCAUACUGACAAUAGGCCAAAAGAUGAAGCAGCUGCUGAUGCUGAGCGAUGUGGAGCUGCAGUAUCAGGUGCAUAAGGAUGCCAUGCUGCAGGCCGGGCCCAAUGUGAAUGCCAUAUAUAAAUUGUAGACCUCCCGAGCAGAGAGUAUUACUUGAGUAAUUAGUUUAAGCUCUCAACUACUUGUCGUAAAUGCUUACUGGGCAUAGUAAAUGCUGGUGAGCAUAGUACGAUCUAGUCCAGUUGAUUUAAUCACAGAGAUAGUAUAACAAUAUUUUACACACUCAUUUGUACACAUGGAAUAAAUAACUGUAGCUUGCAUAGAGCACAAACAUAAA